AUGGAGCUGACGUUCGAAACACUUAGCAAAGGUCGUGCAUUUGUGGUUGCUGCUAAGAUAGACGGAAAACUAUUCCCUUCGGCAGAAGCACGAAACAUGAAAGAUGCAAGGCGUGAAGCCUCAGAUGUUGCUCUGAGAACCUUACUGGGUCGCAAUAUGAACGAAGGUAUCGAAGAGGGAUCUUUGGCCAUCACUGACCCUUCUGCAAGCGUUUUGAGCAAAGUUAGCACGCAUUUUGAUCUGAUAGCUGCACUUUCACUUCAUAAAUUCUUGCAGAUUGCAGCCUCCAUCUCCGAAAAAUUUGCUGGUAGAAAGGUUGUGGCAUGCAUGAUUAUGAAAAAUAGCCCAGAAGACUCUGGCCGAGUUGUUGCCGUGGGAACUGGUAACCGUUGCGUCACUGGAGAGAGGCUGAGUAUGGAAGGAAAAGUGGUGAACGAUUCUCAUGCUGAAAUUGUUGCUCGUAGGUCUCUGAUGCGAUUCUUUUACGGACAAUUAAAUAGUUACUACGAUGGAAAUGAUUCUAUUUUUUGUACCGAAAGAGGGGUCAACGAAGCUUGAUGUUCGCGAAGGUGUCUCAUUUCACCUUUACAUCAGUACAGCUCCGUGUGGUGACGGUGCCUUGUUCACUCCCCGAGAGGAGCCCAACUCUGACCUCUCUGAAUACUCCAAAGAGCAUAAUCCUAUAUUUACAACCAAGCAACAGGGCAUUCUGCGAACAAAGAUCGAAGUUGGCGAGGGUACUAUUCAAUUGAUUCAUCUGAUGGUAUUCAAACAUGGGACGGGCUUUACGAGGUAAACGGUUACGCACCAUGUCGUGUAGUGACAAGAUUUGUCGCUGGAACGUUUUGGGACUUCAAGGCGCACUUCUUAGUCACUUCAUCGAGCCGGUUUACCUAA